UGAUAAAACAGAUUAUCAUUUGAUGAACGGUCUUUGUUAUAAAGUAUUCUUUCAUGAAACUACUUGGAAUGAUGCAAAAGCUGAAUGUGAACGUGAUAAUGCUAAGUUAUUUUCACCUGAAAAAAUUACGAUACUACCCUUGAUAAAACUUUUACUUUUACGUCGACACAGUUACACAUCAUCUGGAGUUGUACAUGUUGAUAUUUUUUAUGACCACCGAAAUCGUACUGCUAUUGGAUACAACACAACCGAUGAAAGUUCUUCAACAAGUAUAUAUAAUCCUUAUGAUCUUCAUACUUUGUGUGAUAGAACAUUUCAUCAACGUCAUCAAACAUCAAUACCAACAUUAAGUCUAUUAAAGAAUGAGAAAAAUCCAUUAAAAACGCAGCAAACUAGUUGUGUAUACAUUGAUUUUUCAUCUGACUCUCCACCAUCAAUUUUAUGUGAUCAAAAAUCUUGUAAUCGACCAGCAACUGUAAUAUGUCAAAAAUUACCGAUUGUAAAAACACGUGCUGUUGUAGCAAAACGGUUAGUUAUCAAUAGGAUGUAUGCAGAAUAG